AUGUCAGAUUCCCCCGACAUCAUUAGCUCCUCCAGCGAUUCCAGCAUGAUCCCACAAGAGCUCACCUUGAUCGUGGCGGCGACAAACAGUAUGGGGAUUGGACGAGCAGGCACUCUUCCCUGGACAGGGCUUAAGAAAGAGAUGGCCUAUUUUGCACGCGUCACGAGGCGUACGAGCCCGGGUGCCACGAAUACAGUUAUCAUGGGCCGCAAGACUUGGGACAGCAUACCAGCAAAGUUUAGGCCACUGAAAGAUCGUACAAAUAUUGUUGUUAGCCGUGGAGAUGCUAGUGCAGCAAACGAAGGCGAGAAGAUCGUGGCAAAGUCCUUGAGCCAAGCUGCGGAAUUUGCGAAGACACAAUCAGGGAGUGUGGCAUCGAAAUCGUUCGUUAUUGGCGGAGCACAGAUAUACAAGGCUUCUCUGGACACCAAGGAAGCGAAACGCAUAUUAUUGACCAGAGUACUGAGUGAAUUCGAAUGCGAUACCUUCUUUCCGAUCAUGUUACGAGAGGAUGGGAAGGCAAGUGGCUGGGUGCGAAAGAGUAAAGAUGACCUGGAUCGAUGGACGGGAGAAACAGUACCAGAGGGAAUACAAGAGGAGAAUGGGAUACGAUAUGUAUUUGAGAUGUGGGAGAGAAUAUGA